AUGUCACUUUCAAGAGCUCCGUGCUCCGUGGCUGACGAGGACGUCUUCGGCCCGGUCGUCACCGGGUCUUGCCGCAAUGGCUUUGACUUUACUCUUUUGUUUGAAGAGUCAAUUCUGACUCUGCUUCCAAUUUCCAUCUUUCUUCUCAUAGCAUCUGCUCGUAUCUGGGUUCUCCGUCGAGCCUCGGAGAAGGUCAAUCGGUCAUGGCUGUAUGCAGCGAAGGAGAUCUCUCUUCUACUACAUGUAGCUCUUCAACUCGUCAUUUUGUUUCUUUGGAUUCAGCCGUCUGCGCCCAAGACGAGGGCGACAAUACCAACAGCUCUUGCAACUUUAUUCGCUUUCCUCGUCGUCAUCUACUUAUCACAUCUCGAGCAUGUGCGCUCCCUACGUCCAUCAACAAUUCUAUGCGGCUUCCUGGGGCUGAAUUCUCUGCUUGACCUUGCGCGUCUGCGGACUCUCUCUUUUAUGCCACAUAAUCGACUGAUGACAAGUUUGUUUGCCGUGGGUUGGAUCGGCAAAGUCGUCAUUCUUGUUCUCGAGUCAACAGAGAAGAGAGCGCUGCUGAAGAAGCCAUUCGAGGGAAGCGCUCUCGAAGCGACGAGUGGCAUUUUCAGUCGUAGCCUAUUCUGGUGGCUGAAUGGCUUACUGAGGAAGGGAUCAAAGACAACUCUUACCGUCGAGUCCCUGCCCGAAUUGGACGAAGACAUGAAAGAAGCGUCGAAUCCUCAGGAUCUUAUUGAAAAAUGGAAGAACGCCAACAAAUACCGACCCAACGCAUUGCUGUGGACCUUCGCUUCUCAUUACAAAUGGGCAUUCCUUGCAGGUGUUUUGCCACGCCUUGGCUAUACCUUCUUCACUUUUGCGCAGCCAUUCCUCGUUGAAAGAGUGUUGGAUUUCAUGACCGAGCCUGAGCACGUCAAUUCCGACAACUACGCCCGCGGCCUCGUUGCAGCAUAUGCGAUUGUAUACGUUGGAAUUGCGAUUUCAUAUGCUGUCUACACGCACAAGGUGUACCGACUCAUCGCCAUGAUCCGGGGGAGUCUGGUCACAUUGAUCUUCGACAAGACGCUUCGCAUGAGCACCUCGGCCAUAUCAGAUGCGACAGCGGUGACUUUGAUGAGCACCGAUAUCGAACGGAUUGGAGAUGGUCUCCUUGACGUCCAUGAGAUCUACGGUAAUUUCACCGAGGUUGUAAUUUCCCUAUGGCUGCUGGCACGUCUAUUGAACGUUGCAACAAUUGCAUCCACGGUCGUCGUCGUCGUGUGUAUGGUUGCUGGAAUCCCGCUCGCAAUCGCAUCCGGUAAUGCUCAGGGCACGUGGCUUGAUGCUGUUGAGGAGCGCGUUGCGGUGACCUCCAAAGUCCUUGGGGUAAUGAAGAAUAUCAAGAUGACGGGGUUAACAAACACGUUUACAAACAACAUACGAGAUCUGCGAUCACAGGAAAUCAAGGCAUCAUUCCUAUUUCGACUAUACGCCGUCAUUGUUAUAACCGUUUCGUGGGUAUCCACGGCUCUAGCCCCAGUCUUUGGGUUUGGAGUCUAUAUCCUGUUGGCCCAAGCACAUGAGAGCACUACAUUGACUAACGGCAUGGCAUUCUCGGCGUUGACCCUAUUUGCUCUUCUGGAUCAGCCAAUGAUAUCCUUUGUCGUUGGGUCAGAGGACAUCAUGGCAGUUGUCAACUGUUUCCAAAGAAUUCAAAAGCAUCUUCUUGAGACAGAACGCGUUGAUUGCCGCUUGACCCAUAGUCCUCAGUCCCCUACACUGAUUGAUGUGGAGCCAAUCAUCAAACGGUCCAGAGAAGGGCCAUUCUGUGCAAUCAUCCGCAAUGUAUCUGCGGGGUGGUCAGUUGACGAUGAGCCGGUGCUCCACAACUUGAGUGUUGAUAUUCCAGCCAAAGGAAUCACCAUGAUUGUUGGCCCUGUUGGUUGUGGAAAGUCGACAUUGUUGAGGAUGCUACUGGGAGAGAUCUCCGAAAGUUCCGGUACUGUAUCCACCACCUAUCAGAGUUCGGCUUACUGCAGUCAGUCUCCGUGGAUUACAUUUGGUACAGUUCAACACAACAUUGUGGGCGCCUCUCAAUGGGACAGUCGCUGGUAUGACCGCAUUGUUCAGGCAUGCGCCCUACAGGCUGAUCUACGACAGCUUCCGGCUGGAGACCAAACCAAAGUCGGUGUUCGGGGAUCCCGACUUAGUGGAGGACAACAGAUCCGAGUUGCUUUGGCGCGGGCUUUAUAUUCAAGGGAACAUGUUCUCAUCUUGGAUGAUGCCCUGACAGGCCUCGAUCGAGAUACCGAGAACUCGAUUCUGAGCUCAGUCUUCGGGCCGCAAGGUCUUGUAGAACAGUCCGCUCAGACCGUUAUUAUGGCGACAAAUUCUGCGCAUCAUCUUUCACACGCCAACUUUAUCAUCUCUCUUAAUGAGCGCGGUCAAUUGAUUGAGCAAGGCUCGUACGAGGAUCUCAUGGCCUCCAACGGCUACGUCAGUACUCUCGCCGGCACAUCAACAAGAGCGAGUACCACGAGAGCUCCGGACGUUGUAUUUGAUGACGAAACAUUGCAAGACUUGAGCUUGGAGGAUCAAGAGACGGACACCACAAGCCGACAAGCCGGCGACUGGUCAAUUUAUCUGUAUUACUUUCAGAAUAUUGGCUGGCCGCUUCUCAGUUUGUUCUUCUUUUGCUCAGUGCUGUUCACCUUUGCACUAAUUUUCCCACAAAUAUGGCUCCAGUGGUGGACCGUCGCAAAUGAGGCUCGACCAAACGGUAAUAUCGGAUACUGGCUAGGCGGAUACAGUGCCCUCGGAGUUUUGACACUCCUUUCAUCGUUCCUUGCAAACUGGGUCUUUGAGAUGAUAAUUGUGCCCAAGACUGCUCGUCAAUUCCACGAGAUUCUGCUCGGCACGACCAUGAAAGCAACCACGUCCUUCUUGACUUCGACGGACAUUGGAGCGACCACAAACAGGCAAGGAUUGCUCUAUAGAUUCAGCCAGGACCUAGAACUGAUCGACGGGGAACUUCCAUCAGCAUUUGAAAGUACAGUCCAGGCUGUUCUCGGCUGUCUUGUCGAAGGGUUCCUUGUCUUUUUUGGCUCUUCAUAUAUCACCGCAGCUGUGAUUCCAGUUUGCAUUUUGGCCGUAUAUUACGUCGCCAGAUACUACGUUCGCACAUCUCGCCAAAUCCGGCUCCUGGAAAUUGAAGCCAAAGCUCCUCUCUUCUCACAGUUUUUGGAGGCACUAAGUGGUCUACCGAGCAUUCGUGCAUACGGGUGGGUGGAGCAUUAUCAGCGCCAGAAUCAAAUUGCGCUCGAUGCUUCGCAGCGCCCAUAUUAUACGCUUAUUUGCAUACAGCGCUGGUUGAAUCUGGUGCUUGACUUGAUUGUCGCGGGUAUUGCUAUUGUUGUCAUUGCUGUUGCGACGUCGAUGAGAGGGAGCUCGUUGAAUCUCUUGGGUAUUGCGCUGUUUAACAUUGUAAAUUUCAGCUCCACUUUACAAACGCUUGUCACGGAGUGGACUGGGCUUGAGACCUCAAUCGGUGCCGUCUCCCGGAUCCGCUCUUACGUGCGACAUACUCGGACAGAGGAUUUGGACUCUGAGACUGAACUUCUUCCAGACUCCUGGCCGGAGCAUGGACAUGUCGAGAUGUUGAACGUGUCAGCCUCAUAUGAUGCAUCCUCAGGGCCAGUACUGAAAGAUAUCAACCUGAAUAUCUCAGCCGGUGAGAAGGUUGCUCUGUGUGGUAGAACAGGAAGUGGUAAAUCAUCACUAAUUUCCACAUUCCUGCGAAUUCUCGACCUGAAAAGUGGAAGUAUUUUCAUUGACAAUGUGGACAUUUCACGAGUAUCAAGAUCGCAUGUUCGGUCUCGAUUAAACACCAUCCCACAGCAAGCCUUCUUCUUACAUGGUACUAUCCGAUUCAAUGUCAACCCUCAGGGAGAUCUGAAAGAUGAGUCCAUCAUCGAUGCACUACGGGCGGUCAAUCUAUGGACGUACAUUGAGUCCAAAGGGGGCUUGGAUGAAGACAUGUCCGAGGGUCUGCUUUCGCAUGGACAACAACAGCUAUUCUGCCUCGCCCGAGCUCUAUGCAAGCCCAGUCGUAUUGUCAUCAUGGACGAGGCAACUAGCAGCGUGGAUUCCGAAACAGACAAACUUAUGCAACAGGUAAUUCGAACACACUUCAAAGACCAUACUAUCAUCACUAUUGCACACAAACUUGAUACAAUUCUGGACUAUGACAAGGUUGCAUUUUUGGAGCAAGGCAGAGUGGUUGAAUUCGAUACACCCAGAGCGCUUCUUGCGAGGGAAGGGUCGAGUUUCAAGGCUAUGUUUGAUAGCUUUCGCCAUCCCUCAGAGUGA